AUUAAACACAAGAUUUCUGUUAAACAGAUGGAGUAUAAGAAGACAGAUGGCAAUGUGGUCAUUUCUACUCUUCAAGUUCACGUGGAUGAUGUGAAAAAUGUCAUGACUCAAAAUAUUGAAAAAGUUUUGAACAGAGAAGAAAGGCUGAGCGAACUGGCUGAUCGAAGCGGUGAUCUGGAGACAGCGGCUCAUGGUUUCCAUAAAACUACUGCCAGGGUUUCAAGGAAGAUGUGGUGGAAAAACACUAAACUAAUCAUAAUUAUUGCAGUAGUUGUCCUUAUCAUUGUAGUUUUCAUUAUUCUUCUUGCCACAGGUGUCAUUCCGUCAUAAGGAAAUUUUCAGUAAUUGAUGACAAGUGACAUGAACAAAUUCUGCAAAAUGUUAAUAUUCUGAAGCAUCAAUUUAUGCAUAGCCUUAUUUUUGUACAAUAAAUAUUUGUCCAUAUGCAUAAUA